GCUCACCUAGGUGCAAUAGAAAUCAUGUUUUUGGUAUGGUUCAUGAAUGGAAAGAGGCUGAGUGCAGGGGGAGCAGGGAGGAGAAACUGCAAAAACUCAAGCAUUGUUUUGGCUCUUUAUCAGUUCAUUUCUGCAGCUCCUGGAAAGGAAGGAGCACCCGUAAAGCAGAGCAAGAAUCAGGAAAGGCUGCAGCUUUAGGGGGGCUGCUUGUCCCCUGCCUCUGCUGGAGGGCAUGCAGCAUGGGGAAGAGGUGAUGAUCAUCUUGAACCAUUCUUUAACCCCAACCAGGUGCUGUGACGGCCACACCCUGAUUGAUAUUGGCAGUGGACCCACCAUUUACCAGCUGCUUUCUGCCUGCGAGUCAUUUAAGGAGAUUAUUGCUUCAGAGUAUAUAGACCAAAAUUGCCAGGAGCUGCUGAAGUGGCUGAAGAACGAGCCCGGAGCAUUUGACUGGACUCUGGUGGUGCAGCACGUGUGUGAGCUGGAGGGAGACAGGAACAAAUGGGCUGAGAAAGAGGGGAAGUUACGAGGAGCCAUCAAACGCGUCCUAAAAUGUGAUAUCCACAAAAGCAACCCCUUGGAUCCCGUUGUCCUGCCUCCGGCCGACUGCCUGGUCUCAUCGCUGUGCUUGGAAGCUGCCUGCAAAGACCAGAGCUCCUACCGCGCCGCUCUGAGGAACAUCAGCUCUCUGCUAAAGCCAGGGGGGCACUUGGUGCUGAGCGGAGAUUUGGGCACCAGUUUCUACAUGGUCGGUCCCAAAAAGUUCUCCUGCUUGCCCCUGACAGAGGAAUUUCUGUGGGAGGCUCUUAGUGCAACGGGCUUCACCGUUGAGACAGUUGAGGUUGUCUCCUGGGCUGACGUGGCCCAGCACGACAUCUGUGAUUUCUCUGGGAUGUACUUCAUUGUCGCUCGCAAAAAUUAAAGUGAUUAAGUCCCUUGGAGAAUUGGGGGAAAAUUGUCCCCAGUGGGAAAAGAGAAUCUUAUUAAGGCUUCAUUCUCUUGCUGGUCAUGGCUCUCUUCUCCUUUAAUUGUUGUGCAUUCCCCGUGAUGACAGGGAAAGAUUUUCCUACAUGCCCUUAAUUUGGACUGAAGACGUUUACUCUCAUAGAGGGACAAUUUGAGGCAAUAACUAGCAGACCCUAAUUGGUAUCUUGGCCUUGAUCUGUCCUCAUUCCUUGGAAGGGGAUUGAUUGGAACUGAUGGAAUUUGGGAUUUAUGAGCAGAAAAGUCAAGUUGUCACGUAGCCUGAGUGGGAACUAUAGGGGGUUUCGCCUUCUUCUGUAGCAGCAAACAGUUCUUUUUCCUUGGUGCUCUCUAGACCAACUAAAUAGUUGGAAAUAUUGUCCUUUGCAAGUUUUCAGGCACAUACACCCUUCUUCAGGCAAGAGAGACUCUGGAUACUGUGCCCAUUUCAACAGUGGCACCCAAAACUUAGUUGCUGCAGCAACAAAUCAAAAUCAAAUUCCUUUGCAGUAGAUAGUCCAGUAGAAAUAUGCUGAUUAACAUGCCUUAAAUUUAGGUGAUUCUUGAACGCUUUCUGCACACCCUGUCCUUUUGGCCUUGGCAUUUUCUGAAGCAAACCUCCAGGAAACCACAUCGUGAGAGGAAAGUUGUUCUCUGUCGUGGUGGUUGUCCUUGUUCUUGCUCUCCACAUUUUUGGCAUCUCCAGAUAACUCAAUGGAUGCUGCUCAAGUGUUUGUCAAAUGUCACGUUACUUCUCAAAAUUAGCUGUAUGAAAAAUGGAAUCAAAAUACAGCUUUAUUAAAUAUUCCCAGUGAUGAACAUGAGAGACUGACUCUACUAGACCUAAACCAAAUGUAUUAUGUGUGGCUUGCCAUUGUUUCCAAUAAACGCUGAAUUGUUCUCUAACUGUACUAUGUCAUCCUUUUCCUUAGGUUUAUGAGUUCCCUGGAAAUGUGCAUCACCCAUGUCCUUCCCGACCACAUUGCCAGGACACCACAAUUUCAGCAGGGAUAGACAUUUUUUUACAGGUCAGGGAUUUGAGGCAUAGGAAGCUUGGAUAUUCCCAAGAAGUAACACUCCUCCAUUUCUUACCCUCUCCCUCAGUUUGCUCAUGCAAGGUGCUGGGGGUAGGGUUGUGCUCAGAGA